CUAAAGGCCCCAUAGAAUUAAAGAAUCUAACAGUCUUUAUCAACUCACUUCCAGUAGCAUUUUGCUGGUAAGAGUUGGAGAUUGUGUAGGCGUACAACGUUCUUCUAUGAUAAUUGAGAAACUUUGUCAUAGUUUCCGUCAGAAAUUCCCCCUUCCCUCUCAUAAUUUUCUUCUAUGGUGAAGUCAUUUGCGCUGAAUCAACGUUGCGCAGUAUACCACAAUAACAAAGUGAAAGAAAAAAUAAAUAAAAAAAAAUACACAUCAACAUCUCACUUAUCGCCGUGUUGGCAGAGCAUUGAAUGCAAUGCAAGAAACAACAGUUAAACAGUCCGCCACAAGUCAUCACAAGGUUCGCAUUAAAAAAUAAACAUCUUUUUCCGUUUAAUAAGGUCUUACUUAGUAGUGUCUGAGUAGUUAAUAGUGUGCAGUAUUUAGUUAAAGCUGUGAAUAUUUUCAUCGAUGCGAUCGAUGUUUAUUUCGCUACCUUGGAAACAAGCCCAUAUACCAGGUAACGAUUGUGUCAUAUUUGUGUUAAGUGAUUUUAUUCGUGGAUCCUAGUGUCAUCGGAUGGCGGUGCAUUCCUGUUGUGUUGUGAAAGUGUACGAUAGUAAGGGCUGAAUGGAUAAAAGGCAUUUUAAAAAAUGUUCUUCUACAGUAAAAGAUGUCCUUAAAUGUUGCUUUUAAAUGCAACAAUCCUGACAAUAGGACGAAACAUCUACAAGAUCUUCAUGGCUAUAAAGUAUGAUGUCCUACAGGCCGUGCUUCACUCGAACGGAGAAUGUGUCUGCCUAGCAGACUAUGGAUCACUAUACCCCGAUUGCCAAUCAUGCCAUGAAGAAGCUCUCAAGUUGAACGAAACAGAUAGCUACGCGUGUCUAUAUUUGUCCAAUUGCACCCGGUUUGCAAUUAAACGAUAAACUUCCAAACGGACUUCACACGAAUGAAAUGAACUGUUCGUAAAAAGUUACAACAGCAUGGAUGAGUAUUUUGGCAAAGUUGUGCCAUUCUGGGGACCGUUUCACAAGGAAAAACGAAACAGAAGAAUCUUCACACGGCGAAAGAAAAAGAGCUCGAUUGAUCCGGUAGAUUAAGUUGAAGGGGAAAAGCUUUUAGCAUAAUGGGCACUGUACAAACGAGACAGCUAUAGAAAUGGUAGUCUGCAUGGUGGGAAAGGAAAAUUUAACAUGCGAUCGUUUCUUACCACACAACAAAUCGUUUUUCAUCAUUCGCUACCAGACGUAUUGCAGAGAAUAAUUUGCGAUAUUCCAGGGUACCAUCUGUUUCUCGAUAGUUUAUAGACACAGUAAUUAAAACCGCUUGGAACAGAUAUGGUGAAUAUAUCAUCAUCAUUGUCCUGCUUACGGUUGUGCCAGGGAAAGAUGUAACGGUAGGCAGAGUAUACCCGUAUACAGAAAGACAGAAAGAAUGAGAGAGAGAAGGAAGGAUAUAGAUGAAUUCGAACAUGUAUAAUACGACGGAAAAGUAACUACACCUGGGAAGCUGCGAAUAUUACCAGCUUCCGGGCAUGACUUAUUAACUAUAUUUAAUCCAUACAACUAGAUCGCUGUGUUCUUCUGCAUCAUCUUCUCGGUCCUGCAUCCAUAUCGCACGGCUCAAACAUCGUAUUCUUCCGACCUACCAAAUUCAGGAUGUCUGAUCCGGUGAACAGCAGAACUAGUACGAUUAGUAUUAAACAUAGUUAGCAUAGCGAUGGAAAAUAAAUGAAUAAUUAUAAUAAAACACGAUAUCACAACGAGCCAUCUGAACAAACUAAUUAGCUCUAACCAAUGUGAAUAAAUUAAAAGAUUAAACUGAUGCAGGUAAGUUAAGCUAAGUGUCGUGCACACUUAAGCUUAUUUGCGUAUAGUAAUUCGUGGCAUUUUCUUUAUUCUGUUGAUCAAAUGUUCUACUGUAAAGAGAAGUCCGGUGCCUUGGCUGCAGGAUGGCGGAAUAUGUAUUUUUCCAGACAACUGAUGGAGGCACCAAACCAAACAGCUGUACUAUAGUAUCGAACAUGCAAUAGCGCAGACGGAUAUUAUACAUCUUUUAAAAGCACGUAUCGAUUCUGUUCCAAAUUAGAUGCUCUUCAUAAGGCCGUGUUUCGUUCGGCUGAUUCUAUUGCUUCUGUUGGUGCUGCUGCAAGCGCUGAAGCUGCCGUUGAAACUGCAUGUUAACUUGCUAAAUAUCGCAUUGAUCGCUAGCGAAUAAUCAGACAAACAUAUUAUAGGCUGGUUAAUCUACUUAUAACUGCAUUUAUAUUUCUUUUUAUGUAAACUAAACUUGGAGCAUCCGAAGAAAAAGAAAUGUCCUUUUGUUCUGAACGAUUUUAUUUUCCGUUAUGUAUAUACCUUGAGUAGCCUUGACAUUGAUUACAAAUGUCAAAUCGGAAAUUAUUAUUUAUUAUUAUUAUUAUUAUCAAAGUCCGAUAGCAAGGGAAGCGCAAUCAGGAGGCGAAGAACGAGAAAAGUAUUUUUCUAUUUUCGAUGAUUUUUACCGAUUUAAUAAAAAAUUACAUAUUUAAACAACCGAAUAUGUCGGAUAGUGGAAAUAUAAAGAUGGAAUUCGCUGUACAAAUUGGUGGCGAUGGAUGUGUGGAUGCGAUUAACAAAGCACUAUCCGGCGCUGGAACAGUGACGAUUGAUGCUGGCAGAGGUAGCGUACUGAUCGAAACAUCACUACCAUGGCUGGAAAUCGACAAACGCAUCGAAGCGACAGGAAGGCGAGCCGUACUGACGGGAUUUGGAGGACAAUCGGCGGUGGCAAUGAUUGAGCAUGGGAAUGAAUCAAUUAACGUGCGUGGCGUAGUUCGAUUCUGUACCCUCUCGAAUGUGGCCGGCCAAAGGGGAGCGGUUGUUGACGGAACUAUCGAUGGGUUGACGCCAAACGGUAGCUACCAGCUGAAUGUGCACGAAUGUGGAGACAUUUCGGAAGGAUGCCGCUCGGUAGGUGCUGUGUACGAUUCCAACGAAAUUAGUUCGGAUUCGAGUGGUCGAGCUACGGUACGGUUUGUGAACGAACGUAUUGAGGUCGGUGAUCUUAUCGGACGUUCCGUUGUAAUCGCCGAAACGGAUAGUGCACAGCAGCAGCGCCGGCUGAGCUGUGGAAUUAUCGCACGGUCGGCAGGCAUUUUCGAAAACUACAAAAAAAUUUGCGCUUGCGACGGGACGACGAUCUGGGAUGAGCGCCACAAAUCGAUCCCUGCAACAAACGAUCGUUAAGUGGCACCAUUUCUUCAACUUCUUCUGGGUAACUGUGCCUUUUGUAAAUUUUCUGGAGCCGGCUUCCUUACCAUGUAACCCAUAAGCUUAAAUCGUGGUGAUUUCGGAACUAGCUGCUAUGGUCAUCAGCCGCUCAUCAAUCAACUAUCAAUCGGGUGGGGAAUAGAAUUUCAAACGGCAACGCUCUUCUUGGUGUUGUAGUUAAAUGAUGUGAUAAUUAAGUUUUUGUUUUAUGUAUAGAUACAACAAUGCGGGUUUGUUAAAAAAAAUAAAAUUUCAUUCCCAUCGA